GCCUGGUGCGCAACCCAAGUGCUGGCCAGGGGUGGCCGCUGCACCCCAGCGAUGCUGCCUGCUUGGCUCGGAUGGCUGUGCUUCGUCCUGUGCUUGUGGCCAGGUGCCCAAGGCCUACGCAUCCAGGAAUAUCUCUAUUUCCAAGUGCUCAGCCCCGGCGAUAUCCGCUACAUUUUUACCGCCACGCCAGCCAAGGAUUUCGGAGGAGUGUUUAACACCAGAUAUGAGCAGAUCUACCUGGUUCCAGCGGAUCCUCCGGAGGCCUGCGGUGUGUUAAACAACGGCGUCUUCAUCGAAGGGCAGAUUGCCUUGGUGGAGCGUGGGGGCUGCUCGUUUCUGUCCAAGACGCGGGUCGUCCAGGAACACGGGGGCCGUGCGGUGAUCAUCGCGGACAACGCCUACGACAACGACAGCUCCUACGUGCAGAUGAUCCAGGACAGCACCAGGCAGACGGCGGACAUUCCUGCCCUCUUCCUGCUCGGGAGGGAUGGAUACAUGAUCCGCCGAUCCCUGGAGCAGCACGGGCUGCCCUGGGCCGUCAUCUCCAUCCCUGUGAACGUCACCAGCAUCCCCACCUACGAACUCAUGCAGCCCCCUUGGACCUUUUGGUAGAGGAGCACCAAAGUGACAAAAAAGGAUGCCGAGGAGGAGGAGAAACCAGAGUCUGGGGCUCAGAGCAGGCAAGAAGGACCCUCAGCAAAUGUGCCCGACAGUUCAGCUACGCCGAGGGAUCACCAGCUUAGCCAAUCUCCUUCAAGCACCUUUGAGAGUUUUCUUCGGUAGAUGAAGAGAAGCUGCUCACAACGAGUCAUCCCAAUGGACCACGUUGCCCGGUGCUGGCUACACUGACCGGCUGCUUUAAUUGGAGGAGGUGGCGGCUGAACCGGGGACUUCGGGCAGUCAGGCCACUGUGCAGCUCACUUGGGAACAUACCUGUGAUGUUUGCACACUCCGGCUAGUUUCUCUUCGGUCCACGGGAAUAAUGGGGUUCAGCCAGUAGUGUAGUAGAGGCAGGGGUGGAGCGCCAGCACUUUUUUAUUAUUAUUAGCAGGGACGCUGGCGUCAUCCGCCACCCCCAUCGGAUUUCUCUGUUCCCUCCGAGCUUAGCUGCCACCCUCGCAGAAGCAAGGAAAUGAAUUUCCCCAGCAACAGUAAAGUGUUCCCGUCCUAAUGCAAAGUAUUUGGGGAUGGCUUAGUCUGGAAUGGGCAACUGAAACCCAUCUGCUUUCCGACAGAUGUGCUCCAGAUGGUGCUAAAAGCUGCUGAAAGUGGCUUGUUGCUAUAGAUCCACACAGCUGCCUGCAAUUUGGGCGUUGUCCUGGGGACAGGGGUGUGGCUACGGGGGACUGUCAUGAUGAGUGCCUGCACUUGGAAAGUGACCACUACGCCACUGGGCUGAACAUUUUUAGAAGGGGGAAUUCGGCUCCCUGUGAAAACCUAUUUAAUAACAUUGGCACCGUCCCCAAAACCUUUGCCUAUAAAUGAAAGGGGACAAUUCAUUUUCUCACUGGAUUCAUUAAAAAAAGUUGCCAGCCCAUUUCUCUUCUUGUCCAAGCCAUCCUUGAAUUGCAAGCAUUAGGCUGCCCAAAUACAUGCUAACCUUUGCCAUUGUUCCUGUCCUCCAACAAGCAGCGGUUCAAACCAACAGACCCAGCCAACUUUUGGCCUCUGAAAUGUAUCCGAUUGAAGCCAUGUUUUCAGAGUUUUUUUGUGCCUCCCCACAAUGAACGAUGGGGGCUAAAAGCUUGCUUUGAAAAGAAAACGAAAACCGGGACUCUCAGGAAUCCUCAUCAGUUUACAGUUUCUAACUCUGGCAGGCUACAUCAAGCCU